AAGACGGUGAAUUAUGAAUACAGACGCGGACUAUACACUGUGUAACCUGGACAGCCAAACAUAUACCAACUCGUUCUCCAACUCGGACAUUCCAGUUACGAUCUAUGGAUAUACUGGUAUAAACAACAGACAUAACAUAGAGUCGGCACACGUUCACCCGGGACUUACGUACGGGUCAGAAAAUGCCGCAUUUCACGGAUUAUCCAGCCCCGUGGGGGAACUGGGACUGGGAGGGGUGGAAAGUUUACGGUACCCUCACCACGGUCACCUACACGGCCAGCACCCCUCGCAUCACACCCAUCUUCAGCAACAUCAUCACCACAACUCGGGGGUCAUCACACGCAUCAGUCGAGGGGAGGCCGGCUACUCCCUGGCAGCAGGUAACGGUCCUCCCCCGGCUCACAUGCCAUCCCCACCCCUGGACUUCACUUCAUGUGGGGUAACAAACGGCAACGGUAUAUGCUCUGAACUGACUGUGUCGUGUGGUGACGGGCCGGAUCCGAGGGGCUACGGUCACAGACCGCACAUAGCUACGUGCGAGGCGGCCGGCCCGCCGCCAGGUACUGUACCAGUGCUACCAGUACCACCUCACGGACAAGAUAUCAUCACCCCCAUAUCCAGCUAUCACAAUCAGGGAGGCAUCCCUCAGUCCAUCUCUUCGUGCCCAAGUCACUGCAACAACGGCACGCCGACCGUAGUUCGUUGUACAUCUAGUCCGUACUCUUCCAUCCCUUCUCAUCAACAACCACCGCCUACUUCCAUGGGUAAUCCGUCUAUCGGCUCACCCCACCAAGUCAACAACAACAACAAUAACAUCAAUAACAACAACAACAACAACGGGGCUUUAGGGAGUCCUAACAAAGUAAGGCACGGAAGUGGAACGAGUCCGGACGAGACGUAUCCCUCAAGCAAACCAUACAAGUGGAUGCAAAUUAAAAGGGCACCGACAAAACCAGCGAAGGGAGAAUACACAUACACAGCCCCUCAACCGAAUAUGGGACGGACAAAUUUUACUAACAAACAACUAACGGAACUGGAGAAGGAAUUCCACUACAAUAAAUAUUUGACUCGUGCUCGACGAAUUGAAAUCGCGGCUUCCUUGGGACUCAACGAGACACAGGUGAAGAUCUGGUUCCAGAACCGGCGUAUGAAACAGAAGAAAAGAAUGAAGGAGGCACAAGGGGCCACGGGACUUGGAGACAAUGGCUGUACUUUCCCUAGUGAUCUGGACAGACUAGCGGUCCAGUAAUGAUCAUGUCUUGUGUAAGUCAGGGAAUGUGUGGCGGCUAUGUGUGGCUGAUUGUGUGAAUAUUUUCAUCCUCGGAUUUUAGUCCUUUUAGGCAGACUCAUGUCGUGAAUGGAGUAAAACGUCAUCUGUAAAUAUCUUCGGUUUUGCCCGAUCUGUGUAAGCCCAUGUAGGUGUGAUCUGUAAUAUACCAUCUGCCAGGCCAGUACAGGCAUCGCAGUCGCCAUUUUGCCUGUCUGAUCAGGCUGCCCUAUAGAUGGCGGUAAGAUAUUCUAGUCAGUAUGUGAGAGUAUUUACUGUUGUGACAUUCAGUUUGCUCUUGGUGGUUGGAACAAUAUAUGAUGUCCGGUCGCUAUAUUAUCACCUGCCUAAGAGACAAAUAGUGACGAACAGUAUUCGUCAUAGUGACGUAUCUUACGUCAGACAAUGACGCGUCCUUCGUCGAAUGAAUUAGCAAUGAUUGUAGACGAAAAGAUAACGUGCUGUCAUUUGUGCUAACAUGAAGUAUUACGAGCACUUUUGUUUAAGUUUUUCUUUCCAGAAAGUACAUUUCAUAAGCCACGGAGAUUUUAGUCAGCAAAUGCUGGAAACAUAAUAGGUUUGUAUUUGUUUAUUAUGGUUAGGCGUGUAAAUUGUUUGCAUUUCCUUUGGACGUAUUUUGUAAUUCCAUGUGAUUUUAGAUCUUGGUCGGGCCAAUGCUGGUCCCGUAUAAAAUGGACACAAACGCAAGGAAAGGGUCUGUUCUUAUGUUUACGUGUACUUGGCGUUGUCAGAUCAUUAAAGGCCUUCCAUUACUGGCGGUAACUUAAAACGUUAAGUCAAAUUGAUAUCAAGCAUCCAGUAUACCAAGCGACAGACAUCAGUAUUGCAACAAAGUUGGAAAACCCUCUUUUCUCUCUUGAAUAGUGUCAAAACAUUCCACUUAUGUUAUUAAAUUCUCACUAACAUACUAUUUGUGCACUCAAGCUGAAAUAGGUUGGAAAUUAUAACAGUGUUUAUAUUAAUACGUCAUACAGGUGUAUACUGUGUGUACGGUAAAUUUCAUGACAGUCUUCCUUCCACUUGCCAGCUGGGGCAUGUGCAUGAUUUUGUUUCCUGUAAAUACAUUUGUCAAAGUUUAUUUUGUUUAACCGGAGAAACACAUUCCAAGAGAGAUUCCUGUUGCACUUUAGAUUCGUCCGUCUUAGUAUUUAUGUGUCCAUUCCACCGAUUUUGGGUUUGUUGUAUACUAUAUUGACAUAUCCACAAUUUUCCCACCCUGUUAUAUCAGCGCAUUCCAUGUAGAGUAACUACGUCUUAUGUUGUUGGCCCAGUGCAAUUCACGGUGCACACUUGAACUGUGGGAUACGGCAGCGGGUCGCCCAGAAUGGUGGCAUGACCUAAUAGGUGUGCCUAAUGUUUCAGCGAGCAUGAAAUGCCUGUCAUUCUCUUCAGUGAUCAAAGAGUUAAUAAGAUUCAUUCCCAGUGCUCCGUAAUGACGUAAGCAGGGAAACAUGUAAAUGAACAGCUUUUAAAAAAAUUUCUUCCCACAAGGUACACAAAAUUGAAGGCUAUUUGAACUUAUUACUUCAUCUAGAAAUGAUUUAUGCAUUGUUUAAAAGGCAGAAUACUCAUAAGAAAGCCUUUCCUUUCGUAUUGCAUUGAAUCAAAUUCACACUUGUAUGUUUUCUGAUCUUUAUUCUUUAAAUGCACAUUGCAUUUCAAUUACCAUAUACUGUAUUUAGCCGUUCUAACGUUUUGUGUUCUCGUCAGAAACAUAACAUAACUAAUCCCCAGAAUCAAGUUUUGUGUGCCAAAAUACUUGAACACUAUAUAGCUUUAUCUAGAUCGAUCGAUUGUUUGUAAAGUCAAAAGAAAUAAAUUGAUCAGAUAUUGAUCAGCUUAAAUACUUUUAUACAGGUAACGUGUUAUGUUCUAAAAAUAAAUCCAACAAAGUAAAAUAAUCUUCAAUACAGACGAUCCAGACGGUUAUCUGGACCACAUAGAUCGACAAACAAUGAGUGUUAGUUACUGAAUUAAUGGGAUUUGCAGACUUGUAUAGCAGAAAAAGUUUGUUUAAAGAUUGUGAGCAAAUUGUGAGCACUUUAGCAUGUAUGUAUAGUACAGAGGUAAGUUGUGUUUGGUCAGUGUAUUCUAAUGGUUAUCAGAGGCUGUAUUCACUCGUGUCUUGUGCAUAGUUUUACACUUUAUCCGAAGUAAAUGCUACAAAUUAAAGCUAUGAAAAACAUUUUAUGUAAGUUUUUAUUAUUGUACAUUUUUACUUUAUUUAUUGUCUGGUAAUGUGCUAAAUAUAUUCUUUCGUGGUGUCCUUUUAUUGACAUGCACCUUGGUUUCCAGAGUUUGUCAACCCGCUGUGAAAACAACAUCCAUUCCACUUCAAAUCAAAAAAGAAAAGAAAUAAAACAAUA